AUGGCCAACAAAGAGCAACAUAUUAAACCGACCUACACUUUCCCUGACACAUACACCCCACUGCUCCCUACCAACACUUCUACCACCUCACACCUUGACCCUUACACCCUACUGUUCACUACCGACACUACUAGCACUUCACACCUUGACCCUUACACCCUACUGUACAUUGCCAACACUUCCAGCACUUCACAUCUUAACCCCUACACCCUACUACACUACACAUUACCUUGCCUUACACCCUCCUCUACACUAGCCAACACUUCCACCACUCAUCACACCCUCCUCUACACUAGCCAACACUCCCACCACCUCACACCCUCCUCUACACUACCAACCCCAACCAACACCUCACACCUUCACCCUUACACCCUCCUCUACACUAGCCAACCCCACCCACCCUUAACCCUCACACCCUCCUCUACACUACCCAACCCACCAACACCUCAUACCUUCACCCUCACACCCUCCUCUACACUAGCCAACCCCACCAACACCUCACACCUUGACCCUCACACCCUCCUCUACACUAGCCAACCCCACCAACACCCCACAAACCAACACCCUCCCUCUUCGUGUCUGAAAACAAAACUCAAGCUCUCAAGUGUUUAUGUCUGCACACUCAUUCAAGAUGUUGACGGAGCUAUAAAGGUAAAGAUAAGCCAUAUGAGCGGAAGAUAA